UAUUGAAAUAGGGAAAGAUCCCAGAGAAGGGGAAUCUUCGCAAAACUGAUGCUAGAAGGGAAGUGAUAAGUUUAGGAGAAAUUUUACAGUGCUUGUGUACUGCAACUGCAUGAACAUGUCCCCCAGGGAAUGGAAUAGAUAUAAAUUUAGGUACUUUAAGUGGUGGUUCCCUCCUGCCUCGGGGCCCUUUCUUUCACGUGAAAGCUUGCUGCUUGCUUUUUGCAGCCUGUGCUCCACCCAAAAUGUGUAUCUAGAUACAUCUAUAGUCUUAAUUCAAAUUCCCACAAAAUAAAUUUCUGCCUGAAAUUGGAAGGCUAAGCCUGCAGUGGAUAGAUAUUACAGGCCGAGCUAACAGCAAAGCUUCCAUUGGCCCAAACCACUCCCCACUAUAUUACACACACCAUUACUAAAAUUGAUACAAAAUUCCUGACUAGACCAAAAUGUCGGUUGAGGGCCUGAUAUAUAUUUGAGUUUUGAUUCGUCUCCCGUUGAUUUUCACCCUCUUUAUAGUGUCGGUUGAUGGGGAGGUGCAUAAACCAACACCUUGUGAUUUUUUGGCUGAUAUGGAGGGUGAGGAUUCAGAUUUCCUUAAUAAUAAUAAAAAAAAGAUAUAUACAUAUAUGUGGAUUUUACAUGAGAUUUACAUGCAUGGCCUAUGGCUGACUGGCUGUUAUAAUUAAAAACCGGUAUUAUAGUAAUAUAAUACAAUUCUGAUAAGUUAAUAUAGAAUAACAGCAUCUAUCACUUGAUCCGUCAAAGGCAAGCAACCCACAAAUACCUUAAUCAAUUUAGGAUACUUAACUAGGCCUCCCAGAUCUUGACAACCCAACAUCCCAAUGCUGCAGGUUUUAAGGAAGCCCAAAAGAAAAAUUAAUAAUUUGGUCUGACUCGUUCUAAUAGUUUAAGGUAUCUACUCAAAUUCGAGUUCUAUCCUCCUAAUCCUAUAUAAAAAAAAUUAGGAUUAAAGAAAAAAUUGGGUCAAUGCAACUGUUUGUCAAAUUUACCAACUUUCCUCGCGAAAAAAGUACAAGAUAGGGCGGCCAACCGCGAUCCAACAUCACUGAAAAUCAAAGCUAUAUAGAAACUCCAACUAUCUUACCAAAAAAGGUCCCGUUUUUCAAAGGUUGCACAUUUUAGACACACAGAUUCAUCUUCUCUUCUUUAUCUUCUUUCUUUUACUCAUAUAUAACCCCAAUUCUACAAGUAAUUCCUUGUAACAGAUCACGAUAUAUCAACCAAGAUAAACGUGAUCGGAAAGAUGGGCUCCGGCAAGCAAAUUGCUUAUGAUUUUACCCUUGCGCUUCUUUCAAUUUUUAUUAUCAUUCUUGGUGUGGUCCUUUAUUUCUUCUGUAGAAAGAAGCCUGUAGAAUCUGAAGAAAAUCUUUCAGUCAAGGUUUCUGCUCCCACAUAUCCAUUGACAGAUAUAGAUGCUGCUACUGAUGGCUUUAACCAUCGGAGAGUUAUCGGUAAAGGUCGUUUAGGUACGGUAUACGCUGCCGUAUUGCCAAGAGAAGAGCUAGUUGCAGUUAAAAGAAUACACCCAUCUCUUGUUUUGAGCAAUGCUGGUUUUGGAUUCUCUUCAAUACUUAAAACACUGUCUUUAGCCCAGCAUCCAAAUAUAGUGCCUAUAUUGGGAAUUUCACAGGCUCCUGGUGAGAGAAUUAUUGUCAUGGAAUUUGUUGGUAUGGCCAGUUUGGAUUUUUAUUUGCAUGAAAGUUCUGAUGGGGGUUCCUUAUUGGAUUGGAGCCGGCGACUGAGGGUUGCUGCCGGAGCGGCUAGAGGGCUUGAAUACUUACAUGAAGGGGUGGCACCAAAUGUUAUACAUGGGUGUUUCAAGGCCUCAAAUAUUCUAUUAGAUGUGAAGUUUUCUGCUAGGGUUUGUGACUAUGGGCUAUCUUUUUUGGCACCUACAGAAAGAAGAGGAAUUGCAGGGUACGUGGAUGAAGAAUAUUGGAGGGAGAUAGGUGGUGGUCCUUGCAAAGCAAGUGAUGUUUAUGGGUUUGGUGUGGUUUUGUUAGAGCUUUUGACUGGAAGGAGAAAUGAGGAAGGGUUACUUGUGAAGUGGGCAUUGCCUUUGAUUAAAGACAUGAACUUUAGUGAUGUUUUAGAUCCUAGACUUGCAUUACCUUCAGACAUGAAACAAAUCAUUAGAUUGGCCAAGGUUGCUUCAGCUUGUGUUAGCAAUUCUAGGAAGAGCAGACCUACUAUUGUUCAAGUUGCAGCAAUCCUGAACAGUUUAGAGGCCGAGGUAUGUCUGUAGUUCAUUUGUUAAUUGGAACCAGCAAUUUUGAACAUCCUAAUUAAUUGGAUUAGGUCUAAUUAAAAUGGAUUGAAAUUCCUGGAGGAAGAUGAUGUGACAAAGAAACAAAGAAAGCUGAGAUUUGGGGGAUUUCAUUUGACUUUAAUAUUCAAGUGGGACUCAUGAAAUUAAAGAAGGAAAAUGUUGAAUGGGACAGACAGGAGGAGGGGGCCGGUGACUUGUCGUUUUGGCUGUGAAAUUUUAAUAUUUGUUUGCGUGUAGAAUAGGGAUCUUCAUAGGGAGGGAAAGUGAAAGGGAAAGGGACCCACUUUCUUUUUUCUCUCUUUUUAAUCAAAUAUUCUAUUUUCUUUGGCUAUUCA